AUGGACAUGAGUCAUGUGCAGUCUAUCAAGCUAUCCAGGGUCACCCAGGUGCUGGGCAGGACCGGUUGUUCCAUCAUCCAAAAUGUAAAAGGCCUCGUGCAUGAGGGCAACAUGUUCACUCUAUUGGAGUCAGAGCGAGGAACAAGGAGGCUGUACUGA